AUGGCAUCACAAUGUGUCGGGCAGGCAGCAAGGUAUGUCCUGAUUUCCUUUGUAUUCUCUGCGACAUGGAGAAUCGUUUGGGCAGUCACUCGCUAUUCUAUCCCUGAAGAAAUGGAAGAGGGAUCCGUGGUUGCUAAUUUAGCUGGCGAUUUAGGUCUUAGCCCUGCCAGUCUAGUUGAACGUGGGCUAAAAUUAGAUAUCUUACAUGGUAAAAAAUAUUUGGGUGUUAACAAAGAAACCGGAGAGUUGUAUGUUUUAGAGAAGAUAGACAGGGAAUAUCUAUGCACCAUAAAGACAUCUUCUUGUUUGCUUAAAAUGGAUGUUACAAUCGAAAAUCCGAUAAGGAUAUUUAAUAUCGAAUUAGAAAUAUUGGAUAUCAAUGACCAUGCGCCUAGUUUUCGAAGGGAAACAAUGCAUCUGGAUAUAUCAGAAUCAGCUUUAUCCGGAGAAAGAUUCUCUUUAAAUAACGCCGUAGAUCCAGAUGUCGGAACUAAUUCAAUUAAAACAUACACCUUGAGUGAGAGCGACCAUUUCAAUAUCGAAAUUCAGAGAGGAAGCGACGGAACUCAGUAUGUUGACUUGGUUUUGCGUCAGGCUUUAGAUCGAGAACAGCAGACUGUGCAUAAUCUAAUACUCACAGCUGUAGACGGUGGGAUUCCAGCGCGAUCCGGCACCGCUAGCAUCAUUGUGCGCGUUCUGGAUACGAAUGACAACGCCCCUCAGUUUGACCAUCAGGUAUAUACAGUUAAUAUGACAGAAAACUCCCCGAUAGGAACAUUAGUACUGAAGUUAAAUGCUACAGACUUGGACGAGGGCUCAAACGCAGAGAUAAUGUAUUUGUUUACACUUUACACGUCUGAGAAAACGCAGGACAUGUUUUCCUUAGAUCAAAAUACAGGAGAAAUUAAAGUGAAAGACGUGGUUGAUUUUGAAGAAAUAAAAAUCCUAGAAAUGCAUAUUCAGGCCAAGGACAAAGGACAGCACCCACUGUCCGGGCAGUGUACGGUGAUGGUGUAUGUGAGAGAUGUGAAUGAUAACCACCCCGAGAUCACUGUUAAGUCCCUGAGGAGCAGAGUGAAAGAGACGGUUCCUGUAGGCACAGUAAUAGCUCUCGUUGGAGUUAGUGACAGAGACUCGGGCAACAAUGGGAAGGUAGACCUCUCUAUUAGCGAGCAGUUGCCCUUUGUCCUCAACAAGUCGUCAGAGAGGGAUUUUGAACUGGUUGUUUCAGAAUCGUUGGACCGUGAGACAGUUCCGGAGUAUAACAUAAUUUUAACAGUGACGGACAGAGGGACGCCUCCUUUGUCAGAUAAUGAAACCAUCACAUUGGAACUCCUGGAUGUUAAUGACAAUGCGCCACAAUUCCCAAAGUCGUUCUACACCAUCCCAGUGAUGGAGAAUAACGCACCUGGGUCACUGUUGAGUUCAGUAACGGCGUUUGAUCCAGAUUUCAAUGAAAACCAGUAUUUAGUUUAUUUUAUCGUAGAAAAGGAAAUUGUGAACACUUCAAUGUCGAUGCUGUUUUCCAUUAACCCAGAGAACGGCGAUCUUUACGCACUGAAAACGUUUGACUACGAGAGAGAAAAAGAGUUUCUUUUCCACAUUGAAGCCAGAGACUCUGGUGCUCCUCCACUCAGCACUAAUGUCACUGUCCACAUCAUUAUUCUUGAUCAGAACGACAACACCCCGUUGAUAGUCUCUCCAUGGCGGGCACACGGCUCUGUGGUUGAGGAAGUGAUCCCCAGAUCCACUGACAAAGGGCACUUGAUAGCCAAAGUGAUCGCCAUUGACUCAGACUCUGUGCAGAACUCCCGGGUCACGUAUCAGUUUCUUCAGGUUCCAGACGCUACUUUAUUCAGCCUGGACCAGUACAACGGGGAAAUCCGGACAAUGAGAAUGUUCAGUUACAGAGAUCCCCGUCAUCAGCGGUUGGUGGUCAUUGCCAAGGACAACGGAGAUCCUUCACGUUCUGCUACAGUUACCAUUAAGUUAUCAACAGUGGAACACAUUGUUAAAGCAUUUUCUGAAACAUCUGAAGUUCCUUUGGAAUAUGACAUAUUUUCAGACUUAAACCUGUAUUUGUUGAUCGGUUUGGGCUCUGUGUCAUUUCUGCUUUUGAUGACAAUAUUGGUGACCAUCGUGCUGAAGUGUCAGAAACCAAAGCCCCCCAAAGCGACCCCUCCCUGCAGAAACAGCGUCGUUAGCCAGAGGAGCUCUACUGUCGCAGAUUCCACCCUGGUGUCCAACGAUGCGUACUGGUACAGCUUGUUUUUGGCGGAGACGAGGAAGGGAAAGGUGGUGGUUAGGCAACCUGUACCGAAGAGUGGUGGGUACUUCGUUUCCAGUAUUCCCAGGAGCACGGGUCUGACAGAAACUAGCGAGUCAGCUGCUUCUACUCUACAGGUAAGAUGCCGCUUACUACAAUUUUAUUUGUUUGCUAUAUUGAGCAUUUCGUUUUUGGAUCAGGAAGUGGUUGAAGUCAUUGAAGUUUCAUAUUUGGUGUUGAUUUUUUAA